UCUCUCCGCCUCUUUACUCCCUCUGUGUAGCAGCUCAGCAGUCCGGUGGAAACAGGGCCUUGUUGUGGUCUGGACCGAUCAUUCCACUGCAGGUCACAGCAGGACACAGGAACCACAGGCAGUCAGUGAGAGAUUGAACCCAGCAGUCACAAUGGCAGACAGCGGGAAGACUAAUGAGACUGGAGCUGCAGCGGCAGAAGCAGCUAAUGGAGAUCAGCAGAAUGUUGUUUCCAGGGUAAGUAAUUUACCUCUGGUCAGCUCAGCCUGCGAGGCAGUUUCCAGCGCCUACAGUAGCACCAAAGACAGUGUGCCCUUGCCCUUGAAGGGGGUGAUGGAUGCAGCAGAGAGUGGGGUCCGAACCCUGGGAGCAGCUGCAACUACGGGGUCUAAGCCUCUUCUGGACAUCAUAGAACCACAGCUUGCUACAGUAAAUGAGUACGCCUUGAAAGGAUUGGAUAAGAUGCAGGAGAAGCUGCCUAUUCUCCAACAACCAGCCGACAAGGUGGUGUCGAACACAGUAGGUAUUAUGUACCAGUCGGUGGCAGGAGCCAAAGAUGCCAUGAUGGGGGCUGUGAUGGGCGGUGUCGAAAUGACCCGGGCAGCAGUCAGCGGAGGUUUGAUGACCGCCAUGGGCACCAGGAUGGGCCAGAUGGUCAGCAGUGGGAUGGGGCUGGCCCUGAGCCGAUCUGAGGAUUGGGUUGACCAGAACCUACCACUCACUGAGAGGGAGCUGGCUGCUGUGGCCGAACCUGCCACCAGUGAGGUGACUACAAUGUCAGCCAGCCCCAGCUACUUUGUCCGCCUUGGGAAACUCUCUGCCAAGGUCCAGGAGGGAGCGCUACAGCAGUCCCUGGUACGAGCAAGAAAUGCCAGAGAUGCCACCUAUGCUGCUGUGGCUCAGAUUACCAAUACCCUGGACCUGCUAGAGAGGGCCCGCACCGGUCUGGGUACCGCCAGUAACCAGAUCGAAGGAGCCUCAGAGCAGCUGCUGCAGCGCUGGACGGAGUGGAAACAGAAGCAGGCUGGAGCGGGACAGACUCUGUCGGAGCCAGAUGGGGCCAAAGAUGAGGCUGAGCAGCUGGAAUGGCGAGCUCUCUCCAUGGUGCGUGGUCUGAGUGACCAGCUGAUGUCAGCAUGCUCCAAUGUGGUGUCAAGUGCUCAGGGUCUGCCAGGGGCUGUCCAGGACCAGCUGACCAGUGCCAGACAAUCAGCUGAAGAACUGCGCUCCUCUCUGGGGAACACCAGCAGCAUCACACCCAUCCUGCUGGAGCAAAGCCGGCACCAGCUGACCCAAGUUCAAAAGUCUCUGGAUGGUGUUAUGGAGUAUCUACUAAACAACACACCGCUAAACUGGCUGGUGGGACCUUUUGCUCCUCAGAUCACUGAGAAGACCGAGAGAGAUCUGGUGAUGGAGCAGAGCGCACCACACAGUUAAAGACUUGAUUGUGUUUCUCCAUGAGUUAAUCAAGUGAUGACAGAAGACUAGUGUCCACUGGAGAUGGAUUGUUUUCUUACUUUCUCUUAACAUUUAUCUAAUCUUGUUUCCUCCAUGAUGCACUUAAUUUGAACCUUUUAGUUAAUUACACUACAAUUAUAAUGUUGAAGUUUAUUGACUUUAAUUUAGACUGAAAGUUUUGACUUUUUGCUGUGACACUUUUUUAUCCUAGAAAAGAUUUUUGCACUAGGAAGUUUAUUUGUGUGCAGUAUGUGAUCAUACUGAUGUUAAAAGAUUUCUAUAAGUGCAUAAUAGAUUUCAAAGCAUUCCAAAAACAAAGCCACAUUUGUUUUACGAAUCAACCCCAACACACACACACACACACACACACACACACACACACACACACACACACACACACACACACACACACACACACACACACACACACACACACACACACACACACACACACACACACAUCAUAGAGACCUGAGGUCCCCUGGUAAUAAUUAGAAACACACAAAUGUGCAUCUUAACCCUCCUGUUAUGUUGCGGGUCAAAUUGACCCAUUUUAAUGUUCAAAAAUCUGAAAAAAAAUGUUAAAAGUAUUUUUUUCGCUAGGAAACUUCUUCUGCUUGGUUUAAUUAGCGUAAAAAAAACAGAUAAAAUGAAUUGGCUUGCUCAAGGAUACUUUGGCAUUUUACUGCAGGAGCUGGGAUCAAAUAGAGACAAGCUAGCAGCCAUUGGGACAGUGAGGGACAAGUGGGUAGAACAACUUCCACUACUCUGCAGGCCCUAAUGUCACAGUGGAUGAAAGGCUAGUGGAAUUCAGAGGUUACUUCCAUUUUAGGCAAUAUAUGCCUUCCAAAACACAGCAUAAAAAUCUGGGCUGCAUGUGACAGAAGAGGUGUCUCAUGUUAAUUUAUCAACAUCACUUCAUGAAAAUGAAAAUAAAUAAAAAAUUGAAAUGAAAUAAACAAUAAGUUAUGCAAAACUAUUGUAUUUAUAUUCAUGCCUUUCUAAUUUACAUUAAAAAAAAAGCUUUAACAUGAAUUUUCAUUAAAAACGAAUGAGAUAUCCUCAUUGAACCAUGAUCUGUGAGAAUUAAAGAACACCAUGGCACUAAAUAUUGAUUUAAAUGGUUAGUAAUGGAGUUGAUAAUGAGAUUUAAAAAAAUGUUUAUUAGGAUAUUUUGGGGUUCUGACACUUUUGGAUCAUUUAAUAUGCUCUGGGUUGAGUUGACCCAGGAACAUUAUUUCUGUUCUCAAGAAACGAACAGGAGGGUUAAAUGAGAUUAUGCGUUGUUUUCAAAUUUCACAUUUCAAUAUCAGUAUUUUGAGGGUUUUAUUGAAGCAGCUGUUAAACUGAAAAUAGAUGAAAAGAUGACAUUUCAAUAAAAUUUUAACACCCAA